CAAUCGACACGCGUCAAUGGUGAAUUGUGUGCUAAACAUUAAAUACAUCUUUUCUGAAAAGGUUUCGUUUUCUUUCUUUUCAUUUACAAAAAGUAUUUCUCGAUUGAAUUGUGUUAACAAUUACUCUCAAAGUAGUUUGAACAAGGUGUUUAUCAAAAUAUAUGGUGAUAUUACUAUUCUUAACUUAAAUAGAACUAAUACUAUAAAACCUCAGUCUUUAGUGCUAUUUAGACACAAAAGCCAAAUGGAUGGAAUUAAAGAUGAAGAUUCUACUAAAACUGCUGCUCAACUAAAAAAGGAUGCUAAAAAACUUGCUAAAUUAGAGAAGUUUGCAAAAAAACAAGAAUCAAAGCCAAAAUCUAAAGUUGAGGAAAAAUUGAAACCUAAAAAAGAAGUAAAAAAGUUGUUUACUUAUGAUAUUUCAACUGCAGAAGGAGAGAAAAAAAAUACAAAUGAAGUGUUUCCUGAUGCAUACAGUCCAUUGUACGUAGAGAGUUGUUGGUAUUCUUGGUGGGAGAAAAAGGGUUUUUUCAAGCCUGAAUAUAAUAAAUCUGCUCAUCAAGGAAGGUUUGUUAUUGUGAUUCCACCACCAAAUGUUACUGGUAAUCUUCACCUUGGUCAUGGGCUCACAAACUCUAUUGAAGAUUGUAUUACAAGAUGGCACAGAAUGAAUGGUCGAACAGCGUUAUGGGUUCCAGGCUGUGAUCAUGCGGGAAUAGCAACACAAGUAGUUGUAGAGCGCAAAUUAAAGAAAGAUCUAAAUAUAAGUAGACAUGAUUUAGGACGAGAUAAGUUCAUAGAAAAAGUAUGGGAAUGGAAAAAUACCAAAGGAGAUCGUAUAUACCAUCAGAUGCGUAAGAUGGGUAUCUCAGUAGAUUGGGAUAGAGUAAGUUUUACAAUGGAUGAAAAGUUAUCAACAGCUGUCAAGGAGGCUUUUGUUCGGUUGCAUGACAAAAAAUUAAUUUACAGAUCCAAUCGAUUAGUGAACUGGUCAUGUGCUCUAAAUUCAGCGAUAUCUGAUAUUGAAGUUGAUAAAAAAGAUAUUAGUGGAAGAACAUUAUUAGAUGUUCCAGGCUAUAAUCAAAAAAUUGAAUUCGGAGUUUUGAUUCAUUUUAUGUAUUCAAUUGAAGGAUCAGAUGAAAAGAUUACUGUUGCAACAACUCGUAUUGAGACAAUGUUAGGAGAUACUGGUAUUGCUGUACAUCCUAGUGAUCAAAGAUAUGUGCAUUUGAUUGGAAAAUAUGCCCUACAUCCUUUCUGCAAUCGAAAGUUAGCUAUUGUUUCUGAUGAUACCGUGGAUCCAACAUUUGGAACUGGUGCUGUAAAAGUUACUCCUGCUCAUGAUCACAAUGAUUAUGAAAUUGGUAAACGUCACAACCUUCCAUUUAUAAAUAUUUUUGACGAAUCUGGUCUUAUAAAGGAUAUUGACGACUUCAAGGAUGAGUACAAAACAUUUGUUAAAAUGAAAAGAUUUGUUGCAAGAUAUGAAGUUUUAAAUGCUCUCAAAUCAAUAAAUAUGUAUAUAAAAACUGAAGAUAAUGCCAUGGUUAUUCCUAUGUGCAGUCGGUCAAAAGAUAUUGUUGAACCACUUUUAAUUCCUCAAUGGUAUGUGGAUUGUAAAGAAAUGGCUGCAAAAGCUGUUCAGGCUGUACGUAAUGGUGAUUUAAAGAUAAUACCUCAAAUGCAUGAGAAGACAUGGUACCAAUGGAUGGAAAACUGCAGAGAUUGGUGCAUUUCUCGUCAGCUAUGGUGGGGUCAUAGAAUACCAGCAUAUUUUGUUACCAUUGAUGGACAACCAGCUGGUCCUGCUGAAUCUAAUGAUUACUGGGUCAGUGGUCGCACAAAAGAAGAAGCACUUGAAAAAGCUGUUGAAAGAUUUAAAGUUACAAAGGAGAAGUUAUGUUUGCAACAAGAUGAAGAUGUUCUUGAUACGUGGUUUUCAUCUGCAUUGUUUCCUUUCUCAGUUUUUGGUUGGCCAGAACAAACUGCUGACUUGAAAGCUUUUUAUCCUACAACAUUGUUGGAAACAGGUCAUGAUAUUUUAUUUUUUUGGGUUGCACGUAUGGUUAUGUUUGGACAAGAGUUAACUGGAGAGCUACCUUUUAAGGAAGUAUAUUUACAUGCAAUGGUACGCGAUGCUUAUGGACGAAAAAUGAGCAAAUCACUAGGAAACAUCAUUGAUCCUUUAGAUGUCAUCACAGGUAUAUCGUUACAAGAUUUAAUAUCUAGAUUAGAUGAAUACAAUUUGGAUCCUAAAGAACUUGAAAAAGCUAAAAAAGGUCAAAAAGAGAUGUUUCCAAAUGGUAUACCAGAGUGUGGUACUGAUGCUCUUCGAUUUGCACUGUGCGCUUAUACUGCACAAGGACGAGAUGUAAACUUAGAUGUUCUCCGAAUUCAGGGUUAUCGCCAUUUUUGCAACAAAUUAUGGAAUGCUACUAAAUUUGCAAUGAGAAACUUUACUCCUGAGUUUGUUCCUAAAGAUCAGUUCGAGUUACAUGGUUGUGAAUCACCAAUGGAUAAAUGGAUAUUAAGUCGACUUUCUGCUGCUGCAAAUGCAUCAAAUGAAGGCUUCAAAACAUAUGAUUUUCCUAAAUGCACAACUGCACUUUACAACUUUUGGCUCUAUGAUUUGUGCGAUCUAUAUCUGGAAGCAAUAAAACCUGUGUUUUAUGGCAAUGAUGAAAAUCAAAAAGUUUGUUCUCAAAAUGUGUUAUAUAAGUGUUUAGAUAAUGGUUUGCGUUUGUUAAGCCCUUUUAUGCCAUAUCUUACUGAAGAACUUUAUCAGAGGUUGCCGCAUCAAAAGGGUUCUCCAGAAUCUAUUUGUGUUGCAUCUUACCCUUCAGAGUUACCUUGGUCAGACCUAGAGCUAGAAACAGAAGUUGAUAAAAUGAUGGAAGUUGUUAAGACAAUUAGAUCAAUGAAAGAAGAAUAUGUAAAUACUAAAGCAAAACCGAUUGUAUACCUGAAACCAUAUCACGAUGAAAUCAAAGUUAUACUUAAUAAAUUAAAGUGUGUUAUCGUCACUCUAACUAAUUCGGAUGAAAUGCAUAUUUUAAACAGUGACGAAGAAACUCCAGGAGGCUGUGCAGUACAGUUAAUUGGAGAUCGUUGUGAAGUGUCGUUACUUUUAAAGGGUAUUCUUGAUUUUAAAAAAGAAGUUGAAAAAAUGAAAAUUAAGCAGGAGAAAGUUGAAGACCAACUUAAGAAGCUGAUUGAAAAUAUGAAUGUUGACGAUUAUGCGAUAAAGGUACCUGAAAAGGUUCAACAGCAGAACACUGAAAAGGUUGCGCAACUGUCAACAGAAUUAGAAAAACUUAAAGUAGCUCUUCUUAAUUUCACCAAAGAAGCGGCAGAAUAGAUUGAUCCAGUGGAAUGAUACUUUAUUUAGUUAGCUAGUUUUUUUUUUAAUUUUUGGUUUUUGUAAAAUGGAAUAGAAAUAUAUUUGAAGCUGUAUUAACAUUUCUGCUGGCAUAUGAUAUGCAGGGGCGCCGAGAUGGUGGCGAAGGGGAUAGUUCGUCUUGGGCGGCAGAUGCCCAAGGGGUGCCAAAUAAAAAAGAUACCUGAAAAUAGAAAAAAAUCUGGUCAUUCACCGAUAAUAUAGGAAAAUUUAGAAAAAUAGGGGCGCCAAUCAGGGUUACAGUCUCAGACGGCGUGAAGGCUCUCGGCGCUCCUAAUGAUAUGCUAAUGUAUGAUUUUUAUUUGACGUGAUAUGCAGUUUUAGUAAGAAAUUUAUUGUCAAUAUUUAUUCGUGUAUAUUUAUAACAAUGAAAAUCAACGCUAUUACUAAGUGUGAA